UAGGGCUGGUGUUGGUUUCCAUCUCACCGGGCCGCCUUUUUGCCUCUGCUCCUCGUCAGGUUCGAUCCGGCUCGACCCGCCUUUCCUCCGCAGGCCCGACUCGGUCCACCUGGAUGACUGACGGGCUGGUUUCCGGCAUUCCCCAGGGUUUUGGUUUUUCUUUUCUACGGACCGCCGCGCCGUUCUAGAUGCGAACAUGUCGGGAAUUAAUGGCGACCAGCUGCACCGCUCCACCUUGGGGAUUUACCGGAGUCUGACUGACGAGUUCAACCCCAGUCUACAGAAACUGGUUUCACUGGGAAACAGCUAUGCCCAUGCCUUCAAAGACCUUGUUGUCAGCAGCGAGGCUUACUUCACGGCGCUUUCAGAGAUCGGACAGAAAGCUUUCUACUCCACGUCGUCCCGCUCCCUGGGAGACGUCCUGAUCCAGAUCGCCGACAACCAGCGGAGACUCGCCUUGGAGCUGGAGGGAGUGUUCCGCAACUUUAGUCUGGAAGUCCUGCAGGUGAUGGAGAGCAGCGUCCAGCUGGACAUCGACUACAUCUCACACAGCAGGGCGACGUACGAGAGGGAAGUCCACAAGCAGGCGGCGGCGGCUCAGCAGAGGCAGCGGAGAGGAGGAACCGGCCAGGAGUACCUGCAGUUUCUGAGUGAGAGCCACCAGGAGGCGCUGCAGGAGGAGGAGAGGCGGUACCGCUUCCUGGCUGAGAAACACUGCGGCCUCGUGCAGUCCAUCGGCCUCCUCAUGAAAAAGACAUCGGGGCCUCUCCUGCAGAAAGCCGAUGUCUGGACAGAGGAGGUCGACGCCACCAGGCGACCUGAGCCCCAGCGACCCGCCGCCGUGGACAACGCUGGAGGGAUGAGGGCGGAGGACAUCAGACAGAUCCGAGAGGAGAUGACUCUGGGCAAGGUCCCGUCAAGGGCGCCGUCCCCGGUGGGAAGCGUUUAUCGCUCCAGAGGCGGCGGCGGUGGCGGCGGAGCUGUGUCCAUGAGGGCCAAGGCGGCACACCAGCCCUCUAGCUCCAACCCCACCCUGCUGCCCUUCUCCAGGGGGCAGAUCAUCACCGUGAAGACCCGGCAGCCCAGGAAUGGCUGGCUCUACGGAUACGCUGAGAACGGCUCAGGUCAGGGGUGGUUUCCAGCCUCCUAUGUGGAAGAACUUGACGAUCCUCCGAUGUCGUCCAGCUCCUGGAACUACAGUCUUCGAAGCAGCAGCAGCAACACGAGCGACCUGCUGGACCAACCAGGAGGGAGCAGCAGCAGGACCAGCAGUGCCAUGAGCAGCGUGUUCGACCUGCCAAAACCCAGCAGCAGCAGCAGCAGCAGCAGCAGCAGGAGUGGAGCCCCGCCUCCUCCGCCUCCUCCACCUGCGCAAUCCUCAUCUAAAUCGCAGUCGGAGAGAUCGCAGAACGAACUCUUCCCGAGAGGCACCAAUCCGUUCGCCACGGUUAAGCUGAAGCCCACUCGCACCAACGACAGAUCUGCUCCAAUACUAUACCGGAAAUGACUUCUCGACCAGGGAAGAGGCGAUGAUCGGUGAUGGCCGUUUUAUUGAACCACAGUACUGGUCCUAGAUCAACUUUCUGGAUGUUUUCUUCACAAUUAUCAUCGUGUGAAUGAGUGAAGCAGUUAGUCUUUUAACAUUUUAAAACCUCUUGUGUUUUUUGGGUUUUUUUUUUUAUUUUUUUUUAUUGCUACAAGCUCAAACUUCAGUUAAAAUGUGUUUCAAUGUGUUUGUUUUUGGAUUGUAUGUGUAAGAGCACACUUUGUAAUUUUUUGGGGAGUGGAUUCUCAUCGGACGGACGUGUAAUUAAAAUGCUGCAUCAUCUGCGAACAUCAGUUUUAAAAUCUAGGUUUGGACUUUAACUAGGCCACUUAACCGAUAUGCUUUGGUCCAAACAUGAGGUUGUCUAAAAACCCACAGCCAUUGCUAUAAAAUUUGUAAAGAAACAUUGAAUUUAACUUUUUUUCCCCCUAAUAUUUAUUCAGCAAUUAUUACAUUGUUUUAGCAUGAAUGCUGCCUCUUGUCUUCUGACUUUAGUUGGCAAUGAGUUUUUUCACCACAAUUGUGGUAAAAGAAACAUAAUACUUUUAUAUCAAUCCUAUCAAGUUUGAUUUAUUCCCCAUGGUUUAGUUUUUUUGUAAUGUUUUUUUUUGUUUGUUUUUUGCGAGAGCAAGGCUGCUGGAUGGUUCCUUCUGUCUUUUUUCUUCUUCUGUUUUUCUUUUGUCCAAUUAACGGAACGGCCAUAAAAAAAUUUUCCCCUAAUUUUUUUUUAGCUUUCCUACACCUUCUGGUGUGUUUCUCGUUCUUCCCCGAUGUUCUCCACCCUACUAAUUGGGCAACAUGUGGGUUCUAUUCAGCAGGAUAAUGAAAUAAUUAUCACAGUUUGAUACAAAGACCAUGAACUGUCGCAUAAAGUCAUAGAAAAAUACAUUGAAGUUUGUGGUUUCAAAAUGACAAAAUAUGAGAAGAAAUUUAACAAAUCUAUGCCGAUUUUGGGACUCAGAUCAACAGCAUUUUGAUAUGUGUUCAGAUGUUUUUAGCUGUAGAUAGCUUGUGUCAUUUCACAGUUCCAUAUCAGUUCUCUUUUAUUCCUGAUUUUUUUUUUUCCUGAAUCUCUACAGCUCCAUUUAUAUCCGUGUGUCCUGAUGAGAUUAUAGUUCAUGUCGCAGAUCGUGUAAAACUCUGGUGAAUAAUGCUGUGUGUUAAAGGAUAACGUCACGCCUUCUGUCUGGGAUGAUCACUGAUUUGAGAUUCAAGCGCAUUACGUCCAAAUAUCACGUUUUCCUCACUGCUGAUUUCUGGGAAGAUUAAUAAAUCCUGCUGCAUUUCUUUUCGUUCUCUAAUGAAGCAAACUAAUGGGAGUUUAAUGUAGCAUAGCGGGAGGUUUUCAUCACGGUUUAAGAAAUAAGCUCUCAUUUUUGUUGUCCCAGCCGUUUAACGGAGCGCUGGAGCAAGUAGUGAAUUUAUUGAUAGUCGGUACGGUUCAGAUCGUUUUGCUCAGGCACCGCAAUGGCCUACUAAGAAGUAAAAGAUCCAAGAUUCUUGCGGUUCUUAUUUGGGUUCUCCACUGGACAUACUUGACCUAAAUUGAACCUUAGUGCGAAUCCAAUUAUGCUAAUGGUUCGACAGCAGCCUGGCUCUUCCGAGGAAAGACUCCGGCUCCUUGGGAUGUUGUGGUGUUUUUAUCUCGUCCUCAGCGGAGAAUAUACAUUCGUAAAUCGGGACUUCUUCACGGAUUGCCUGAGCGGCUUGUUUUUCGGGAGUCUUUUGCUAAUGAGGGCUAAUAAGGUGGCACCUAUGACCCGCCUAAGUUCGCUUCUUGUUGUGCUUCUUAAGUAACUGCGGAAGCAGGUGAAAGAAAAUCAGAAACAAGUCAACACAGACUCGCAUGUGAGUGCUAAUCUUGAGCUUUUAAUGAUUAGCCGAUGUUUUCGGCACAAAGUGGCUACAUAGCAAACAAGCUAAAUGACUUUGAAGGUGAAUUUGGGGCACAAGUUUGAAUUUAUUCAGUGUUUUCUCUGUAUAGAGUCCAAAUAAGCUCCAAAAUAUAAACACCUUUAAAAAUAUGUGGCUAAAUAUCGGUUAGCGAGUCACGUUUGGUGUAAUUCUAGCUGGAUAUUUGCCUAAUCUGGUUGCAGAAUUAGCUAAACUUCAGUUGUUUUUUUGUUUUUGUUUUGUUUUGUUUUAUGCUAAGUUCACUCCAAAUAUUUUCAAAAAUGUUGAGAGAAAUCUGACUUUCAGACUGCUGGGAUUUUAUGUGAUCUUGAAACAAAAAAUUGGACGAAACGAUCCAAGAAUCAAAAAGCCUGUUAUGGAGUACCAGCUGUUUUUUUUUUAAAAUUUUUUAUUAUUUUAUUUUGUUUUCCAGUUGCUUCCAAAUCUUUGAACUUAAUGUAAAAUCAGCAGCUGCAUGGCUGAUUCAGGUUGUUCAAACAAAAGACAGUAUGGACAUUUUUGAGCUCGUGUGAGUUGGAGACCAUCUUGUUUGCCCAAAGGUUGAUUUUAAUAAUUUUUAAGGUUCUGUGCGACAUUAUUUCCAAUGUUGAUUGAGUGAGUGCAAAAUCUUGAACUGUAGAUUGAGAGUAAAAGAAAUAAACCCAGCAUAUCAGAAGAUGUU